AGCAGAACCAGAUCUUGGCAUUGCUCCAUUUCGGUUCCUGGGAGUCCACGAUCCCACUACUCACCGCGGUUGUGUGGUAAACAAAUACCUCGACCGCGCCGAUCAACUUACUUUUAUAGGUUUUCCGAUCCUGACCCGCUGGAUACGGUGUCUCGGACAGCACGUGUCCCUCCUCCGAAGAUCUUUCCUACGGGUACGGUACGAAGAACGGAGAGUUUCAAUUCGGCACCAGGAGUACUAGCGCCACCAAUGUACACGUUGCCACGGUCGUGUACAACCGUCCCACCACCAGAUCCUAUGAGUCGGUUACAUGACCCACUCUCAGCUCGAUCUCAUCAUGACCCUCUCGGACGAAUGAUGGAUCCCCUUCAACGACCUACUGAUCCACGACUAAUGAGCUCCACGAUGUCCCGACAUCAGGAAGCUCUGUCAAGGUCGCUAUGCUCCCCGGUACUGCCAAGGCCAUUGCGGGCACUCGACAACAAAAGUAACUCAUUGCCAAGGAGGAGGGCCAUUUCAGGUCCCCGAAAUGUAAAAUGGCGCACGGACGUGUUGGCCUCGAAUGCCAUGGGCGAUGAUAGCGAUGGGGCGACAUCGGCACCAGAGUACGCAGGAAGUCCAUCUGAUUUACGGUUAUCAAAUGGUGGCCCAGGCCGGACGGUGAAUGAUAUUUUCUCUGCGGCAGAAUACCGAAAUUGGGCCAUACCCUCCGAUCCGUCGAUGGCCAUGUACCCAACGGCGCCUGAUUUCAAUUUUUCCAGGUGGUCUCAUACUUAUGGUGAUCCGCGAGGUCCGCGAUCAACUUCUCUGCCUGGUCGGAGCAUAGUAGCUCAGUCCUUAGUCGGUUCGCCAGUCCUGCCGAGACAUACUGCUGCCCAAGAUCGCCCAUCAGCUGUUCUAGAUCGGUACCAUGUGUCGCCGUUGAUGAACAGACGAGCACCUUUAAGGCCGGCAGGUCCGGGAAUCAAUGUGGAUAGGUUGAACAUUAAUAGUCUCACGGGUAUUCUUUUUGUACAGGUAUUAGAGGGACGAGGAUUAAAGAUUCCGGAAAAACAAAAAGCGGUCACCGAAGAAAUGUACUGCGUUUUAGAAGUAGACGAGCAACAUCGGGCGAGGACCGGCGUUUCAACGGCCGAACAGCGUUUUCGAUGGCGUGAGACGUUUCAUAUUGACGUGUUCAAUGCUACAGUCACGCACUUCUUCGUCUACUCGUGGCACCCGCAGUUUAGGCAUAAGCUGUGUCACAAAGGCUCCUUGAAGCUGUUGGAAGCGUUCAUUGUCGAUCAACUGAAUGGUGACCGAAUGUUCGCUUUGAAUCUGGAACCCCGCGGUCAGCUGAUUGUACGGAUAGGAUUCCACGACAUGCGAGCAGUUUUUCGGCGCACAGUCAAUCCGAGGAUGGAUGGCGUCUUCGGCGUUCCGCUUGGCCGUCUGCUGACCCGUGAGCGACGCGACACACCUAUCGCCCUAACCCGACUCAUUCAAGAGAUCGAAAGGCGGGGUGUUGACUGUAAUGGCUUAUACAUUUUAUGCGGAUCAGUGGAGAAGAAGCGGGUUUUGCGAGACGAACUGGAAGCCAAUCCAUUAGGUUGCGAACUAUCUACUGACAGUGUGCCUGACACAAAUGUUCUGGCGUGCUUGAUAAAGGACUUCCUCCGAGAACUGCCGGAACCAUUGAUACCACCGCAAAUCCAUGCGAUGUUAAUCGAUGCCGGAACUGUAACCCUCCCUAAUGAUGUACAAGGGAACCGACAACUUGUGCUACGGAUCAUUGACUGUCUGAAUACCUUACUGCUCGUCAUGGACCAUCUCACUACGGUACUUGCAUCUUCACCUCACAAUGGCCUGACACCUUCCCGACUCACCACUGUAUUUGCUCCAUUGUUGUUAUGCUGUGCUGAAACACCGCCGGUAAAAGAAUUGCGACCGCUGGAUGUGCCACAAGCUGCCUCCACACUGUCUCUACUUCUACAAAUAUGGCCAUCUAGAGUCAGUGAGUUCUCAUAA